ACUUCACCCCAGACGAAAACACAACCGAUAACAUGUCUUCAGAUCAACAACGCGCUGAACUUGACGCCAGGUGGAACUGGCGGCAAAAGCCUUGAAGCCCAAGAACACCUUGCAGAAGGGAGGAGCCGUGGAGGGCACAGGAGGGAGCAGCUGGGGACAGAAGGGUACCAGGAAAUGGGCCGGAAGGGCGUGAGCACGGGCGAUCAGUCCGGCGAGGAACGUGCUUCUCAGGAGGGAAUCUCGAUCGAUGAGUCCAAGUUCAGGACCAAGAGUUAAACUGUGUUCUACUUCUAGUAAUCGAUGAAAAGAUAUAGCUGAAGAAGCUGUAUUGUAGAUAUAGUUGUUCCUGAAGUUUCAAUUUCCCGUCUUUGUAGUAGCCUUUGUUUGUAAGUUAGAGGUGGUACCAGCCGAGGUUAUGUAUCUGUAUCAGUUUUCAGCAGUGAAUUUCGUUGCCAUAGUGGCAUCUAAUUUUGCCUAAGCCUUUCUUCUGAUGGCUCUGGAUGCAGAUAUGUGCCUUGGUUGGUUGCAUAGAAAUAAAGUUGCUUUUUUUGAAUCA